AUGAACAAAGAUGCAAUGUUGUUAUAUUCAAAUAACAAAAUAUGCAGUACCCACUUUGAUGCCAACCUAGUGACAAAUCACUAUUUAUCGAAAAAUGCAAUUCCAACAUUGAAUCUGUUCCAAAAACCAAGAGGAAUAGAUGUUCAAACCCAAACAGAAGAUAAAAUGGGAACCGAAGGAAAACGAGUUGCACAUAUAGAAACUCAAACAACUAAAGAAUUAUCUCACCAAACACCAAGAAAAAGAAAGUUGAGGCAUCUAAUUGAGAUAACAAAUGCAGAUUUCAGAAGGAAUGAUUUACCUUCAAAAAAUGUUGAGCAUUACAUCAGUGGGUACCUCCUGCGAAAAUGCCUGAAGAAGCAUUCCUGCUUGAUUUGUGAAGAAUAUUCAAGAUCAAAUCAAAUAUUGGAUUCUACCAACUUGUUUAGCCACUUUAAAGGGGAUGCUAUUAAAUAUGGAAGAGGAGGAGGAAACUAUGGAAAAUUGCUGUCACCAGAAGAUUCUUUUGUUUUGGAGGUUACACGCCCUUGUCCUGAAUUUCCUCAGUUAUAUUUGAUACAUUUAUUUAUAAGAAUGAGAAUUUAUUACAUCACAAAAUAUGCAAAUAGAAAUUUCCAGUCUGCUGAGAGUAACAAAAGAAAAAAUAAUAAAUCAAGAAAGUUGCAGAUAUUGAAUCAUAAAUGAUGACAGGAACAGUUUGUUUUAGAACGGCUUCCGGAAGGAAAAUGAUGAAGAUGAGAGUGACAUUCAUGCCUUGCGCAAAUGCGGCUGGAACUCAUAAACUUCAAUUGCUUGUUGUCGGAAAAUCAAAAAACCCACGGGCAUUUAAAUCAACACAUCUUCCUGUUUGUUAUCGGGCACAAAAAAAUGCUUGGGUUACGAAAGACUUGUUUCUUGAGUGGUUUAAAACGGAAUUCGUUCCCGCGGUCCGCCGUCAUCUUUUGUCUGUUAAUUUGCCUCCUCAGGCACUGUUAUUGUUGGAUAAUUGUCCUGGGCAUCCAUCAGCAGAUGAACUUGUCUCUGAAGACGGCCACAUUUUUGCAAUGUUCCAGCCAUCUAACACCACGGCGUGUAUACAACCAAUGGAUCAGAACGUUAUACAAAAUGUGAAGUUAAAUUACCGCAAACCACUUUUGGUUAACUUUCUUGCAUUAUGUUCUGAAAACCUCAUGGACUCAUUAAAAUCGAUAACUUUAAAGGAUACAGUUUUUCUUUUGGCUAAUUGCUGGGCCAAUGUUAAGACAUCGCUAAUUAACAAAUCAUGGAAGAAUUUGCACCCUGAAUUUCUCACUGAUAAUGACGAACCAAAAGAUGAUGUUCCUUUAGCCCAGCUUUUUAACAGGUUGAGGGGACCCAAUGAUCCUCAAAUAGGUGAGGCAGAAGCUCAAGAAUGAGCUGCUGGUGGUGCCGAAAGCGAGUUACAUUCGUACGCGUACGAAUACUCCUCGUUAGAUUUUAUCAACCACCAGUAUAUCAAAAUUCAAUAUUUAAGAAAUAAAAUAUACCUAGUAUCUUUUAAAAUUAUCGCACAGACAGCAUACUUACAUAUCUUCUUACAUUCUACUUCUAACAGAAUGAGAUAUUUUUAUUAAGUCAACCUUAUACUUUCCUAUAAUUAAUAUUUUAUUGCAGAAUCAUGGUGCGAAAAUAUAAAAAAAGGGUACGCGUACUCAAGAAGUGGAUGAAGAGUCUAUGAAGUUACCAAUUGAUGAUAUAAUUCAAGAAAGUUGGAAAGCAGAGUCAAGAAAUUUAAAGAUGGCUCUAACGCCGAUGUACCCUUACGAACUUUCCAUUCAAAGUUCAUGAGUCUACAAGUCUUCUCCAUGGAAGAAGAGGCACGCUUAAAUGACUAUAUUACUCAUUGCUGCAAAAUGCAUUAUGGGCUAACGAAAGUACAAAUUCGGAAACUUGCCUACGAAUACGCGAAAGCGUUGAAUUUAAAAUAUCCAGCGUAGUGGGACGAAAAUCAAAUGGCUGGCUUAGAGUGGAUGCGUAAAUACAGGGAACGAAACGCCAACCUCAGUCUGCGAAAGCCAGAAAACACUAGCGCUGCUCGAUCAUUCGCGUUCAAUAAGAAUGCAGUCCAAGAGUUCUAUAAAAAUUUUGCUGAUGUAUCACAGCGACAUAAUUUUGCUGCCGACAGGAUAUUCAACUUUGACGAGUCCGGCGUGUCUACUGUUUUAAAAACUUUAAAAAGUUUUGGCUCCUAAAUCACAGAAACAAGUGGGACAAAUCGUGUCAGCGGAAAGAGGCGAAUUGAUAACAUUUGGUGGUAUUAUUGCUGCAAGUGGAAAUACUAUCCCUCCGCUUUUUGUAUUUCCACGGGUGCACUUUCUUGAAGGUGCGCCCGAAGGAAGCCUC